AUGAAGAUCCUCUAUAUCGGAGUGUUGCGGAACGGUCUUAACCCGAAUCGUCAGCAAGGCGAUAAAAAAUCAGAUACCGUGGUGCUCUGUGGCGCAAAGGAUCUCGAAAAGACCUUCAACUGGGCCCAGCGAUCAAGGGUUGAGCCGCUCAUGAUGUUCAAUGUUCACGGCAUCGCCGAGACGACCAAGCCCGGCCAACGCCAGAACCUAGAGCAUCAGAAAUUCGUUUUCCACGCUUACAGCCGGACGCAGGGCUUAGCCAGUGUUAUUGUCACCGAUGAUGAAUAUCCUUCCCUUGUUGCUCACCAGCUUCUCUCCAAGAUUAUGGACGAGUUUCUAACAAAGUACCCUCGUGCUGCCACCGACCCUUCUCCAACCGAGAACUCAUGCCCAUUUCCCUCGCCACUCGAGGAAUGGAUUAAGAAAUACGACAAUCCCGAAAAUGCCGAUAGUAUCAUGAAAAUCCAACAGGAGCUGGACAGUACCAAGAUCGUUCUGCACAAAACUAUCGAGUCUGUUCUCGCUCGAGGUGAGACUCUCGACCAACUACUGAAAAGAUCCGAAGACUUGAGCGCCUCGUCGAAAGGCUUUUAUCAGCAAUCCAGAGCACAAAACUCAUGUUGUAUUGUGAUGUAA